AUGUUACUUCACGUAGUUUCUGCUUUAUGGCUCGUUGCUUCGAUAUGUCCUUCUCUCGGUCAAUCUAGCUCGUAUCACGAUUUGAAUUCGACUUUCUACAAUCCUAUUCUGCCCGGCUUUCAUCCUGAUCCAAGUUGCAUAUUUCUCCCAGAAUGGGACAAUACUUUCUUUUGUGCGUCGUCAAGCUUCAAUGCUUUCCCGGGCAUUCCACUUCACGCAAGCAAAGAUUUGCAGAAUUGGAAACUUGUGGGUUCGUAUUCCAUAGUUCGUCGUGUCAAAUUCUAG